AAAAAAAAAAAAAAUCAAACAGACAGACAUAUAAGUAUAUAACUACAUAAAAAUUUAAUAUUUCGAAUGUUUUUAAAAAAAAAACUCAGAAAUAUAGACUGACCGUUUACUACGUCAGUUUUGGAGAGCCUUAUUAGGUGAAAAGAUUAGAGAGUGAUUGUUUCACGAUGACAAAAGACGAUGACUUGAAAAGUCAACUCAAGUCUUCUCUCUUUUUCCCACACCAAUGAUUUCAAUUCUCUAUCUCUCUCCUUCAAUCUCAUCUUCUUCCUCAAUUCCUCUUCACAUAGAUCACCACACAUGUUUCUUCAUCCAUUGACCUCAAAUACUUGACUUUUCUCGCUCGCUCUUCCUCUCCAUCGAAGCUAUGCAGAAUCUCUGUUUUCGAGACUCUGUUUCUCUCUUUCUAAUGAUUAUGGUUACUGUUCUUGUUCUUCCUCAUCUCACUCUUUCUGAUACUUCCGACUAUUCUCGUCCGGAGAAGUUUUACGUCAACUGUGGCUCGGAUUCUAAUGCUGACUAUGGUGGCCGGACCUUCGUCGGAGAUAUGAACUCUAGUAACAACUCUGUUUCCUUGAUCGGCAAAGGAACUGAAGUUCUCGACGACCAAUCGUCCGUUGCGCCACUAAUCUACCGGACGGUUAGGAUAUUCAGACGCCCUUCUUCUUACAAGUUCCAACUCGAUCCUGUUGGUCUACACUUUGUGCGUCUCCAUUUCUCUGCUGUGUUCUCUAGGGAAGAUCUUUUAAAAACCCGUUUCACUGUCUCUGCUACUUCUGGUUCUAAUCAACACUUCAAAAGUUUCUCGCUUCAGAAUAUCACUAACACCCCACGAGUUGAAGAGUUUCUCCUGAUGAUCAACUCGCCAGAAUUAGAAAUUCUAUUUGUGCCCGAGCCUUCCUCUUUAGCUCUUGUCAACGCCAUCGAAGUGUUCUCUGCUCGUAAUGACCUCGAAAUCCCGACAAAAAUCGACAAGAAUCUGCAUACAAUUUAUAGAUUAAACGUAGGAGGCAUGAAAAUCACACCGGGAAACGACACCUUGGGGCGAACUUGGUCGCUAGACGAUGACUUUCUCUUCCGGAAAGAUUCUGCGAGGAACAUUAACUCGACACAAAAGCCUAACUAUCAGCCAGGGUCAGUUGCAGCCACGGACCUCACUGCUCCUGAUUUCGUCUACCAGACAGCUAAAGCAAUGAACCGUAGCUCGAGUGUGCCGGUCGGGAUGUUGAUGGAUGUUACUUGGUCGCUUAAGGUCAAAAGUAACUAUAGACACUUCAUCAGGGUUCAUUUCUGUGAUAUUUUGAGCAACUUCCCAACCAUUGACUCCGAUUUCUUUCUCUAUGUGAACGGGCAUCAGCGAGUAGAUGUAAAGCCUUCAGGGUAUGAUAGACCGGUGACUCCAUUUUAUAUCGAUGUCGAGACAGUCUCUGAUGGUUCUGGACUCUUGAAUGUUAGUAUAGGUACUAAGGAAGCCGAUAAGGAUGCUGGUUUUCUUAAUGGUUUGGAGGUGAUGGAGUUUUUGAGUAACUCUGGUUCUAAUUCUUCAGACGGAAACAGUUCCCUGGUUCCCAUCAUCGCUGGUUGUGCUGCUGCCGCUGCAUUGGUUCUGGUCUUGAGUUUGUUGGUUAUAGUAUUCUUGAAGCGAAGGAGACCAAAGAAGACAAAACCAGACGUUGAUGCCACUGUGUGGUCUCCGUUACCAUUGUACAGAGGUGGUAGUUCAGACAAUAGACCAAUCUCUCAUAACAACAACUCGCCAUUACGCAACCUAAACUUAGGCUUGACGAUUCCCUUCACAGACAUCCUGAGAGCAACAAACAAUUUCAACGAGCAGUUGUUGAUCGGGAAAGGCGGGUUUGGAGACGUUUACAAAGCUAUCCUUCCGGACGGCAGCAAAGCCGCGAUCAAAAGAGGCAAGACAGGUUCAGGACAAGGGAUCCUAGAGUUUCAAACAGAGAUCCAAGUCCUAUCAAGAAUCCGCCACAAACAUUUAGUAUCUCUAACGGGUUACUGCGAAGAGAACUCGGAGAUGAUCCUUGUCUACGAGUUUAUGGAGAAAGGUACGCUUAAAGACCAUCUAUACGACUCGAAACUGCCUCCAUUGACAUGGAAACAAAGACUAGAAAUCUGCAUUGGAGCAGCAAGAGGAUUGCAUUACCUCCACAGUGGAGCAGAAGGAGCAAUCAUACACAGAGACGUCAAAUCAACGAACAUACUACUAGACGAGAACACUAUAGCCAAAGUUGCGGAUUUCGGAUUAUCGAAACUAACGAUUCGCAAUCAAGAUCAAACACAUAUCAGCACAAACAUCAAAGGAACGUUUGGUUACCUCGAUCCUGAGUAUCUCUCAACACACAUCUUAACUGAGAAAUCAGAUGUAUACGCCUUCGGUGUCGUCCUCCUCGAGGUCCUUUGCGCGAGACCAGCUCUGGAUCGUUAUCUUCCUCACGAAGAAGUGAAUUUAGCGGAGUGGGCGUUGUACUGCAAAUCCAACGGAGAAAUCGAAGAGAUCGUAGAUCCGAGAUUGUUAGGUCAAAUCGAGACGAACUCUCUGGUGAAAUUCAUGGAGAUCGCUGAGAAAUGUUUGAGAGAGUACGGAGAUGAGAGGCCGAGUAUGGCGGAUGUGAUUUGGGAUCUUGAGUAUGUUCUUCAGCUUCAGGCGGUGACGGUUCGUAGAGGGGUUCAUGAAGAAGAUGAUAGCACGGCGAUUGUCUCCGGUGGUUCGUUGGUGGUUCCGAGGUUGAUGGUGAGUGACUCGUUUAGCACGAACUCGUUUGUGCAGAACGGUGAUGUGUCGAAUAACAGAUUUGGUGGGAUUACGGAUUCAUCCGAGACUCGAGUUUUCUCACAGUUGAAGAUCUCUGAAGCAAGAUGACGUCAUCAUUUUUAAAUUUCUUCAAAUGUGAUUAUUAAACCGUGUUGUUAAUAUGUGGACCAGUUUGAUAUGGACUGACCAAGUAACUAUGUCAACUAUGGAGAUUGAUGUCUCUUAUUGUUCCCACCAAUGAUUUCAAUUCUCUA